GGCGCUUUAAUUUGCUCGCGGGAACCAAUCAGGAAGUUGUCAGACUCAUGCUCCUCGUAUUUAUGGUGCGGCUGAACAAUAAUGAAGCUGUCUCGUGCUGAAUAUAAGGAAAUAGUAAGAUGCACUGAUAAUUUGAGACCGACACGUCAGUGCAUGAAGAUUCUGAAAGAAAGAUUUCCAAAUCACUCGCAGUCCACUCUUCUGAGCGUCUUCUCCCUGGAGUACCAGAAAAGGAUCAAAAGAACCAUCCCACGGCACCAUGCCCCUGACGCCAUUGAGGACUACUACCAAAGGUACCUGAGCAGAGCCAGCUCACGGCCCUCCAGCCCUGUCUUGUUGGAGCUGGCCAAUGAGGUGGACCUCUCCCCUGCCCUCAUGGCCCGCAUCAUCCUGGACCGCUUCCUCCAGGACCAGGAAGGCGGCGCGCCCUCCAAGCCAGUGCUCACCAGCAUGCUCCGGGAGCCAUCUUUGAUUCCAGACCAAGCUCUAGCAAACCACAUCUACCAGACGAAAACCAGCUGCGAGCCAGAGGCUACGACAAGACGCCUGACAUCAUCCUGGAGGUGCCGAUCGCUGUCGAAGGCCACAUUGUCCACUGGAUCGAGAGCAAAGCCUCGUUUGGGGACGACCACAGCCACCGCACCUACCUCAACGAGCAGUUCUGGAGCUACUGGAACAGGUAGGCCGCUGAGCACACCUGACAUCUCUCUCGCUAACACACCCCAGGUCCUGGUCAUUAGUCGUUAGCCAGCUGCAUGUCUCUGGUGAUACUCUGGCUGCUCCCAGCUGCUUUUGAACUGGCCGAACACAAAGACGGGUUGUUUUUGUCUGUGUACACUGGACUGAUCUCUCUUUUUCUCUCACACACACUCACACAAACACACACACACAGACGCACACAAAGACUCUACCCCUGUUCCCUUAACUGGCCAUAUCCAGUUAUCCGGUAUCCAUAUCCAA